CAAUCACAAACUUACUCUCCAACGACAACAAGCAACCAACAGAAUCAUGUGUAACAUUGUGAUUUUUUUGUUUUAACCUUAGCAUGCCCUUUCUUUCUUCUUCUUCAUGCCAAUCCCAAACCCUUCCAACAAAAUGUUUCUUGCCCAGAAAACCUCCCCUCUUUUCCUCCACAAAUUCCAUCCCAAAACUGCUACUAAGUUCAGGUGUAUUCCCAAGAAAUUCACUGUUUCUGCUUCCCUUAACGCCAUAGCUGCUGCUGCUGCUGCUGCCUCGGGCUCUGGUGCCACUGUCCAUGGGGCUGUCACUUCUGCCAUCACCCAAGUGGCUGUUACUGCCGUUGCUAUUGCCUCUGGGGCUUGUCUCUCCACCAAGGUGGACUUUUUAUGGCCCAAAGUGGAGGAGCAGCCAGGUCUUGUAGCCUUCCCUUAUGUUCGCUACUCCAUAACUUCUCUGUGAUUCAAUUAUUUGGUUGUUGCUUAUCUCGGUCCAAAUGUUGAGU